AUGGGUGACUUGAUAGAUGAUCAUGAUGAUCAUGAUGAUAGAAAAAACUUCAUUAUUGGUCGUUACCAGAACUUUGAAUCUGAUUUGGUCGAUAAAUUAUCAUCAGCAGGCACCUUUGAAUCUUUUUGUGACGCUAUUACCAUCUGGAUAAAUAAACCACACGUUGUAAACCGUCGAUUAUGCGGAUCAAAAAUUGUGUAUCAAAACAGUACGACAAACACAAAUAUUGACGAUUUUUUAAAGGAAUGUUUAUCAUGUUCAGAAAAAUAUAACUCAGAUGCAAUACAUGGUUCUUGUGUUGAAGAAGUGCCAUCCCUUUCCUCAUCUAUUGGAGCUACAUUUUACUUCGUUAUUCGAGAAAUAUUCCACAAACAGUACAGUCAGUUAUCAACAAAAGAGGCCAUCAUCAUGGAUUUUCAGAACACGAUGGUAAACUUUAUUCCAUUGAAUGGACAGUGCAAAAAGGAAACGGUUAAUGAAUAUGAUAAUGAAACAGAACGUUCAAAGAAUGUAGACAUCCAGUAUCAGAUUUGUUUCACCGAGGAAUCAGGAAAAUCAUGGAUAGCUUUGAAUACACCAAGAAAAGUUAAUGCAUCAGAAAAGAGUUACAUAGACUGGCUUAGGACAAACUUAUUGAGGAAACUUGUGAAUUGGAGCUCUGAGAAGAAGCUGCGAACCUCUGUCACAUCUCUGCGACUGGUGCCUGUUGACAGGUAUAACCAACUCUACAACACUCUCAAGGAAAAAUAUGGCAGAAAAUUUGUGGAGAUUUGGCCAGAGAAAACAGAUCCUCAAAAAUUUGUAUAUGAAGAUGUUGCAAUUGCUACCUACUUGUUGAUUACAUGGGAAAUACAAAGGAGAGAGCAGAAAAGUGAAAAACUUCAGAGUUUUGUUGAUCUUGGGUGUGGAAAUGGUCUGCUUGUUCAUAUUCUUCAAUCAGAAGGGCAUCCUGGUCUUGGGCUAGAUGUAAGGAAAAGAAACAUUUGGGACCUGUAUGGUGAUCAAACAAAACUAAAGGAAGAGAGUAUAAUACCAUCAGCAGAAAGCACUUUCCCAGAGUUUGAUUGGCUGAUAGGAAACCACAGUGAUGAGUUAACACCUUGGAUUCCAGUUAUCGCUGCAAGGUCCUCUUAUACAUGUAGCUACUUUGUCCUGCCGUGCUGCCAUUUUGACUUUGAUCGUAAAUUCAGCCAAAAAGAAGCUAAUGAGAGCAACUACAGAUCUUACUUAAACUUUGUGCAGGAAGUUGGGGAGGUCUGUGGCUUUACAGUUCAGGAAGAUACACUGAGAAUUCCAUCAACAAAAAGGGUUUGUUUUAUUGGUAAAACAAGAAAUUACAAACCAGAAGAAAAGGAUCUAAUUGAUGACAAAAUAGCAAACUACAUCAACAUAAGAAGCACUGCAUCAUCAAUAUCAGGUACUGAUGGCAACCCUCCAGCAAAGAAACAGAAGACAGGUGAGGUCUGGUCUGAGGGGUUCACUCCUCGGCCGAGUGAGGAAAAGUCACGAAACUGUAAGUCAGUUCAUUCGGGGACAGUGAGCCACAUUGUCCAGACAGUGUUUGAUGUCUUACUGGAGAGUACCGAUUGUGAGACCAGACAGCUAGAGGACGGCAGAGUCUGGAGAAAGGGAGGGAAAAAAGCUCUCAGUGAUGUUGUCAAACUGUUUGACAAGGAUGUUCUGAAACAACUGAAGUCGGAGUGUGGUGGACUCCAGACUCUCUUAAGAAACCACAACAGUGUAUUUAAUGUGUCCGGGGGUGCGGUACAGCUGAGGGACCUGACGCUGGACGAGCCCUACAGUAAACACUCCAAGCUGGCCAAGAGGGACAAGAGUCAGUACUUCAAGACCAUGCAGUGCUGGUUCUACGGUAAUCACCCGGACGGAUGCCCCAGGACGGCGCAGAAAUGUCACUUCGCCCACGGAGAACAGGACGUGAGAAAGGAACAAUCUGAUGCAUGUGCACAAUAAACAAUUCCUAGAAAUGCUAA